UCAAGCUCUCAGUCUCAGAAUCUAUUCGUUCCGAUUAACAUCGUCUUUCGUGCUGUAGUCACACUCGCGUGUGACUUUCUUUUACAAACAUCAUUAGUUUAGUGAACGCAAACGACGACAAGCCAUUUUUUUCUUCAAAUUAGUUUUUGAUAUCAACUGUGGAAAACACGAAAACCUUGAUAAUCGGACUACAUUGUAUAGUCAAUCACCUUGAUGCGAUCGAAAACGGUCUAGAUUAUCGAGACAGUGUGCUAUUCUAGGUUGAGGUAUAGCAGCUGUGCGAUAACCCGUUACGUAAGCUCCUUCGUAUAGUCCUACACUAACAAAGUAAAGUGAAUAAACGAGUGAGUUGGUGCACAGGUUAAUAAAGACCGUUAGCAGCUGAUCAUCCGCCAUCGCCAGCAGGAACCAGCCCAUCAAGGAGAAAAUAUCCGCGAAACUAUAAUAAUGAGCACUAAAGUUGACGCCGACUCGGACAAGAUGGAUGACGAUCAGCCGGAUUUCAGCCAGCGCUUCAACGAUAUGCGACGUCGGAAUCAUCUCGUCGACUGUUCGUUUAAAGUGGACGACAAGAUAUAUUACAGCCACAAGUUGAUCCUCUCAGCGGCUAGUCCUGUAUUUGAGGCCAUGUUUUAUGGUUCGCUGGCUGAAAAACAGACUGUGAAGAUAGCGGAUAUCCGAUCUUGUGUGUUUGAGCGCUUGCUGGAUUUUAUCUACGUUGGGUCGAUUAAUUUCGAUGGCGUACUUCAAAUUGAAGAAAUUUUGGAGCUUUAUUACUGUGCCCAAAAGUACAUGAUUGAUAGUCUACAUAAGCAGUGUGUGAACUACUUUGGUAAAAAUAUCAAACCCAACAAUGUGCUGAAGAUCCUCGACAUUGCUUACCGAAUGAACCUGGAAGACAUUAUUUUCUCAUGUUUGUGCGUCCUGAAGCACUUUCUCUCGUCCGGUAUGAGUUUGAGCAAUAUCAUCUUGGAGAGUAACCAUCACCUGUCCAAGAGUUGUGUUGAUUUAAUUCUCGAAGAUAAUUACGAAGUUAAGGACAAUGUGAUCUGUAUGAUACGUGCCUGGUGCAUAACUGAGUGCGAACAAAACCGACUCGAAAUGAACAGCGAUAGUUUGAAAACAGUCCUGCAGGAUAUUGAGCUACCGGACAAACUCAAGGACACCAUCGUAGAUUGUAGCUUCACGAACUUCCAGCCGGUGACCACCGGGGAAAAGUACAGCUGGACGCCAAUACAGCGGAUUCACUACAAAGCAGUCCGGCCGCUGAUUAUAGGAGACGAAAUGUGCUUUGAGGCUGGUAUUUCCUGUAACCGUUUUGUGGUGCUGAAAUCAUUGUCAAUCAACAGUCGGCUGACUCCGCAGCUAAAACAGAACGAGCUUCGGCGUGACACUUACACCGAAAACAUUGCCGUGGAGAUCUGCUCCAAGUUUAGCAACAAAAUAGAGCCAAUCUUCCGAAAGCAACAUUUAAUUUGUGAUGUUCCAUUCAACAUCAAUUUGGAGAUUAAUUUGCACAAUCAGAUCGUCCUCUUCCCAGACAUCGUAUACGUGGUGCGUCUGAAGUGGGGCCCGGAAAGUCUGGGCUAUGAGUAUCCUCGAGGUAUUUUAUCUUCGUAUGGAAAGUGCAAACAAUUUAGGAUUAAUUUUUGCGAGAGCAUCUAUCUUGAAACCGAAGGUAGCAUUUUGAAUGGAAUUAUUUGUGAUCUAUAUAAGUAGGUUUUUCUAUUUUGCGAAACAUUUUACUCUAAGGUGGUUAUUCAAUUUCAAUUAUACUCGAGAGGCCGGAAUCGCCGUUCCGAUUGUUGCAAAGAUCUUGUACAACAACUUUUCUAACUUUUCAGUUGAAACAAUGUAGUUAUUUUAAGCCAUUCGAAUAUAAUAAAAAAUAUAUAGGACUCCUAAUUUUAUGUUAGUGAUUGAUAUUUCUUGAUUACCUGUAUCAGAUAAUUUUCAAAUCAUACUGAUUCAUUUUUAUACAAUACAUUUUAAAGUAUA